ACAUAGCAACAAUCUUCUCUAAAUAUUUUGUGCCUCUCAAAACAAACAUAAAAUUCAAGUGCAAAUGAAGCUUUUAUCGAAGAAAGCCAUGUGUAACUCACAUGGACAAGAUUCUUCCUACUUUCUAGGAUGGGAAGAGUAUGAGAAAAAUCCAUACGAUGAAAUUCGUAAUCCUAAAGGAAUCAUUCAGAUGGGUCUCGCAGAGAAUCAGCUCUCUUUCGAUUUAUUAGAGUCAUGGCUUACUCAAAAUCCAGAUGCAGCUGCAUUUAAGAGAAAUGGCGACUCAAUAUUUAGAGAGCUUGCCUUAUUUCAAGAUUACCAUGGUCUUCCAGCUUUCAAAGAUGCAUUGGUUCAAUUCAUGUCUGAAAUCAGAGGAAACAAAGUAAGCUUUGAUUCAAACAAGCUUGUACUUACAGCUGGUGCUACUUCUGCAAAUGAGACACUCAUGUUUUGUCUCGCUGAUCCUGGCCAUGCUUUUCUCCUUCCCACUCCAUACUACCCUGGAUUUGAUAGAGACUUAAAAUGGAGAACAGGAGCUGAGAUUGUUCCAAUACAAUGCAAUAGUUCAAACGGAUUUAGAAUCACAGAAUCAGCUCUUGAAGAAGCUUACAAAGAAGCCGAAAGGCGAAACCUUCGAGUGAAAGGGGUUUUGGUCACUAACCCUUCGAAUCCAUUAGGCACAACAUUAACCAAAAAAGAACUCCAACUUCUUCUUACCUUCGUAUCAACAAAACAAAUCCAUCUCAUCAGUGAUGAGAUAUAUUCUGGCACUGUUUUUAACUCGCCUAAAUUCGUUAGUGUCAUGGAAGUAUUAAUCGAAAAUAACUACAUGUACACUGAUGUAUGGGAUAGAGUUCACAUUGUCUAUAGUCUUUCUAAAGAUUUGGGACUUCCAGGAUUUCGAGUUGGUGCCAUUUAUUCCAACGACGAUAGGGUCGUCUCUGCAGCAACAAAAAUGUCUAGUUUUGGAUUAAUUUCAUCUCAAACUCAAUACCUUCUUUCUGCUCUGCUAUCAGACAAAAAAUUCACGAAAAAUUACGUGUCUGAAAAUCAAAAGAGGCUGAAAAAACGUCAUGAAAUGCUAGUUGGAGGUCUUAAACAAAUUGGAAUAAGGUGCCUUGAGAGCAAUGCUGGAUUGUUUUGUUGGGUGGAUAUCAGACAUCUUUUAAGUUCAAACACAUUUGAUGGAGAAAUGGAACCAUGGAAGAAAAUAGUGUUCGAAGUAGGGCUAAAUAUUUCACCUGGAUCGUCAUGCCAUUGUACAGAACCGGGUUGGUUUCGUGCAUGUUUUGCUAACAUGUCAGAAGAUACGUUAAAUAUCGCCAUACAACGUUUGAAGGCUUUUGUUGAUUCAAGGGUUAAUAACAAGGAUGAUAUUCAAAAUCAGCAGCGUUCUAAUAAGAAGAAGUCAUUUUCCAAAUGGGUUUUUCGACUAUCGUUCAAUGAACGUCAAAGAGAACGAUAGUUUAGUCAUGUGAAAGUUCGUAAAUUCAUUUUUGUUUUUUUUAAAUCUCGAUAGUUAAUUAGAUGUUGAGAGUUCUAAAAUUUUGUACCAUAAUACAUACUUUUAAAUUGUUUUAAUUGUAGAGGGGCACUGUCCAUGUGAUAGGACGAGAAGUGCUUUUCCAUAUACAUAUGGUAAUACAUCCAUAUUAUUAGUUCUACACAAAACGUUCAAUUAAUUCUAAUUCUCAUUUCAACUCUCAUAAAUGAAAGAUAAUUAGAGAGGUGACCGCGAGUGCGUUGCUGCGAGCUCGAGGAGUUUCAAGGGACCUUCUAACCUCAAAGUCCCAAACCCAAACCAUUAGGUCAUCCCAAGGGUAUGGCUACUCUUCAUUUUCUCAAGGGUAUAUUUGG